AUGGAGAAGGAAAGUAGAAAACAAGAUUCUGAAAUCGUGGCUGUACUUGACAUUUCAGAUAAUAAGACAGAUGUGGAAAAGAUAGAAAAAGACCUUGCACUCAAUUUGAACUUGCUGGUUUGUAAACUUCUCAAAAGUGCUAAUGAUGAAAAACUUGUGCAA